CCUGCCAGUGCCCAUCAGUGCCUCAUCAAUGCCACAUAUCAGUGCCUACCAGUGCACAUCAAUGCCACCUAUCAGUGCCAGUCAGUGCCACCUAUCAAUGCCAGUCAGUGCCACCUAUCAGUGCUGCCAGUCAGUGUUGCAUAUCAGUGCCAGUCAGUGCCACCUAUCAGUGCCGCCUAACAGUGCCAGUCAGUGCCACCUAACAGUGCCAGUCAGCACCGCCUCUCAGUGCCAGUCAGUGCUGCCUAUCAGUGCCACCUAUCAGUGCCAUAUAUGAGUGCUGCCUUUCAGUGCCCAUCAGUGAUACCUGUCAAUGCCGAUCAGUGCCACCUAUCAGUGCCCAUCAGUGCAGCCUGUUAGUGCCCAUCACUGCAGCCUCAUUAG